AUGAAAGUCGUGCAGCUACUGAAAUCCCAAGGUUUAGCCCGAGUGAAAGUGUUCGACGCCAACCAGACCGUGCUCCGGUCUCUGGCCGGAUCCGGAAUCAAGGUCACUGUCGAUUUACCCAACGAGAUGCUAUCCACCGCCGCGAAGAAGCCUUCCUUCGUAGUCGCGUGGGUGCAGAAAAACGUCGGCGCUUACCACCCGACAACUGAGAUCGAGGCCAUCACCUUCGGGAACGAAGUGUUCGUCGACACUUACAACACCACAAAAUUCCUAAUCCAGGCAAUGCGCUACAUCCACCAGGAACUGGUGAAAUCCAACCUCCAUUCCGCCAUUAAAGUCUCUUCCCCAAUCGCCCUCAGCGCGCUCCAGAAUUCUUACCCUUCGUCGGCCAGGUCAUUCUGUCAGGAGCUCGUCGAGCCUGUUUUCCGCCCUAUGUUGGAGUUCCUCCGCGGGACGGGCUCGUAUUUGAUGGUGAACGCUUACCCGUUCUUCGCUUACGAGGCGAACUCCGACGUUAUCUCGCUGGACUAUGCUCUGUUCAAGGAGAAUUCCGGCGUCGUCGACUCCGGCAACGGGCUGAGAUACUUCAGCCUCUUCGACGACCAAAUCGAUGCUGCUUUCGCCGCGAUGUCGGCGUUGAAGUUCAACGACAUCGAGAUGGUGGUCUUGGAGACCGGAUGGCCAUCGAAGGGAGACCGGACCGAGAUCGGUGCUAGCGUGGCGAACGCGGCUACGUACAACGACAAUCUCAUCCGUCGAAUCUUGACACGUGGGGGGGGGACCCCGUUGAGGCCCAAGGUAGAUCUGACGGUCUACCUUUUCGCUAUGUUCAACGAGGACGAUAAGAAUGGGCCGACGUUAGAGCGCAACUAUGGCCUCUUUUACCCUAACGAAGAGAAGGUCUACGACAUCCCGUUCACAGUAGAAGGCAUGAAGACAUACAAGGACAAAAGAGCUCCAGCCACCGGCGGCGGACAUGUUACUGCUCCUCCCAUCAGCGGCGGUGGGCUGUCGAAGAGCACGACGAGGAGCACGUGGUGCAUGGCGAGUGGGGAGGCCUGGGAGGAGAAGCUACGGAUCCAGCCGGGGGCAGCGUGCUUUAAGCCGAACACCGUGGAGGCACACGCUAGCUUCGCGUUCAAUAGCUAUUACCAGAAGAACGAGCGCGCCGGAGGUUCCUGCUAUUUCGACGGAGCGGCUUACGUCGUCACCCAACCACCCAGUGCGUAUUCUAGACUCUUUCACCCUCUCUCUCGCUGCUAG